AGGACUGGAGGGCGUUUAUGGCUGGUAUUGCUACGUACCCCAACUUCAUGGUUGCUUGGUGGGAUGUUGAUACGGUCUUAUUGCCGAUUCAUUCAUCCCCUAAUCAUUGGCUAUUUGGGGAACUACGAUUAGCGUCAAUGGAAGUGCAUAUUUAUGACAGUCUUGGUAGAGGGGCUUAUGAAAAAUUCAAAUCUAAAGGAAUCUUUUCCAAAUUUGAACGUCGGGUGGCAAAUUAUUUGGACAAGAUUAAGUAUUGGGCCCGGAGGAACAUCCCAAGGAUUCCAUUGAAUAUGCAAUUCAUUUAUGAAGAAAAUGUUCCCCAACAAAGUAGUCAUUUGGGAGAUUGCGGUGUUUUUGUUUGUAUGUUUAUGGAGCAAUUCGUUUCAGGUCAACCAAUACGUGUUCUUAUUGACCCAAAAAAUGCAGCUUUAGAGUUCCGUCAACGGAUGACAAAAAAUUUUUGGGGGUCUAGUCUUGGUCCUAUGUAGUUGGAUUAUAUAAUUGUAUAUCUAAAUUAAUGUUAGAUUUGA